AUGGAUGCAAAACUAGAAGAAGCGACAGCUUCGCAGCAAAUAGAUGUUGAUGUCGCCGUCCUCAAAGAUGAACUCCCACCAACCCAACAAGGCACCGUCACAGAGGCAGAAAAGAAGCUUCUCUGGAAGCAAGACACUCGCAUCAUCCCCAUCUCCGCCGGCAUCUACUUCCUCUGCUUCCUCGACCGCUCCAACAUCGGCAACGCAAAGGUCCUCAAUGUGUCGACCAACGACGACCUGCAGCACACCGCCAACAUGAGUAACAAGCAGUUCAACAUCGCCCUCAUGGUCUUUCUCGUUGCGUAUGCCGUCUUUGAGGUUCCUAGCAACAUCCUGCUCAAGAAACUGCGUCCGAGCCGGUGGCUGGCCUUUUUGAUGUUUUGCUGGGGUGUCAUUACUAUGUGCAUGGGUGCUACGAAUAGCUUUGCCAGUGUAACGGCUGUGAGAUUCUUGCUGGGAGUGUUUGAAGCGGGUUUGUUUCCGGGAUUGGUGUAUUACUUGACGUUUUGGUAUAAACACGACGAGCGGAGCGUGCGAGUGGCUUUUAUUCUCGCCUCCGCGACAUUAGCUGGAGCUUUUGGAGGAGCCAUCGCCUAUGGCAUCGGACAUAUGAACCAAGCGCAAGGCCUCGCCGGCUGGCGCUGGCUCUUCAUCAUCGAGGGCAUUCCCUCCUGUUUAUCCGCAUUUCUCGUCUUCUUCUUCUUGCCCGACUACCCCGAGAGUGCCACCUGGCUAUCCGAACCGGAAAAGGAUCUCGCCGUUCAACGUCUCUUUUACGAGGGCAGCAAAGGGCAUCAUCCUAGCAUGACUUGGCAGGAUGCCAAAGCCACGCUCACUGACUGGCGUCUGUAUGCUCACUACCUUAUUUACUUUGCCGUCAGCCCGCCGUUUGCCAGCCUCAGUCUCUUUUCGCCGUCCAUCACGAGUGGUCUUGGGUAUGUCGACCUGAAGGCGCAGCUCAUGACCGUGCCUCCUUGGGCUGUUGCCUACGUUUGUCAAGUCCUCGUCGCAAUCUCAGCAGACCACUUCAACGCCCGUGGACUGCACGCCGCGGGUGCCGCCAUGGUUGGCGCCAUCGGCUUCAUAAUCUCUGCCGCUCUACCGGCAACCUCGUACAAGUCUCGCUACGGAGGCCUCAUCCUCGCCACCGCGGGCUCAUUUGCCAGCAUCCCACCCAUGCUGGGCUGGUUGACGUCGAAUGUCGUCAGCACUGCUUCUACGGGCCUGGCAAUUGCCAUUAACGUGAGCAUCGGUGGAGGGCUUGGGCAGAUCCCGGGCGUGUGGAUUUACAAGGCGGAUGAGGCGAAGAAGGGCUAUCCUACAGGCCACUGGACAAAUGCAGGCUUUCUGCUGCUCGUUGUGAUUGUGUGUCUUGCACUGAGGGUGUUUUAUGGGCGUAAGAACAAGGCUUUGAUCGCUCAUGGAGAGAGAGAAGGCGUGUCUGUUAGACUCUACAAGCUCUGA